UUUGGAGCUAACGUUAAAUGAAAGAGAAAUUUCAGAACUUCAAAAGAUUUUUCAAAACCACUCUUCAGUGUUUAAGUGACAAUAAGUGAAUAGUGAAUUUGUGUUCAUCAGAAAAAAUAUCACCAUAUGAAUCAGACAGUAAUAAUCAAUCAAUUUUUUUGGCGGUAAGUGCAAUUUCUUAUAUUAAUUGCAUUUGUUCCGAAGAGAUGUCGCGAGGGCCGACCCUUAACAGGGGAUGCGAUCGAUAAAUACUCUAGAUGAUCCAACGUACACGUUUUUAUGAAAGCACAGCAGCGAAGACAGCGUAGUGUUAAACGAAUUUAAAAAUCACAUUGAGUUAGGCAACACAAUUUACACGAAAUUUCAUUUAGGUAAGCUUCAAAAUUCAUUCGGGUCUAGUCCGUGUCCAGUUACGUUUUCUUUGACACCAACUAUCCACCAGCAGUAUCGAUUUGAGAUAGCACUUUUGCGUGGAUAACCAGAUCUUUCACUUUAAUUAUGGAUGUCACCGAACAAACCCCUAUCACAAAGGAAGACAUAGUAUGCACCAUACGCACCAACAAUCUCCCCGGCUUAAAAAUACUAGCGGAAAUUUCUCCCGAAGAAUUCCACUGGCUAAAAAAUGAUUCUAUUAAUUUGUUACUCAGCCACAUUCUUCAAGAAAAUCAGAAAGAAAUGUUUCAGUUUAUGCUACAAUUCCAAGACACCGACAGCAGGCAAAGAGCCUUAAGAUACAUACUAAAUUUUAGUGACAAAGAGCAUGAGUACUAUAUCCACGAACUUAUAAAAGACGGCGUGCAAAUACACGGACACAACUUGGAAUCGGAUCUUUUACACUGGGCUGUUGACAAGUCGUGCUUGAAUCUGACAAAAUUUUUACUAGAAGCAGGGGUUGAUCCGAAUAUCAGAGAUGGAUCUGGUCGUACACCCCUAUAUAAAAUUUUUGAGAAACCUGAGAAUCGUUAUGAAUUUGUUUGUAUGUUAUUGUACUAUGAAGCAGACCCGUCGAUCGAAUUUUACAGAGGAUACAACCUUUUUGAAAUUGCAAUUAGAGAUAAAUAUCCAGUUUUCUUACAAGAAAUAUUAUUCUUCUACACAUUCGAUGACGAGCUACGUUCGGAAAUCUUGUCUGAUAUUCUACUGGCACUCGGGAAACAAAAGUCGACGUUUUUCUAUGAAAUACUUUCGUAUGACGUCGAAAUUUUGAUUAACGAUACUUCAGGAGAAUUUUGGAAUACCUUGUACGAUGUACUGACGAUAGAUCUAGUUGACUUACAACUACUUCUAGACAAACAUACUGGUAUGAUACGCAACGUUUUUGAAAAAUGUAACAAUGAGAUAUUUAAUCCUAAUUACCGGAAACGGGAUAGGUCGUAUCUUGCGAGGCUAUGGCAAAGUGGAAUUUACACUAUACUAGAAGACCACAACGUUUUGAUAAAUUUGGACUAUCUUUAUGAAAACAAGGAGGAACUACGUCACCACAUUCACAAUUUUUGUUUAAGUUUAGACAUCUCGAAAAUUUUUGAGGCACUAGCAAAUGUAAAUGCACACGACCAAAUUUUCUACCUGUUAACACGAGGUUUAAGGGCAGAUUCGUAUUUCGUUGAUACGAUUUUUGAAGAGUGUGGUUACUGUCCGCUGUUCAAACUUCUCUUGCAUCUCGAACUUAAGACGUUUUCACGAAAAAAGCAUGCACUCUUUCUAAGAAAAAGAAAUUCCGUUGUUGCAUUAAUCCGUGAAGUUAAUACAAAUGUGAAAACGUUUUUUCGAAAUCUGCAGGAGACAAUGUUGUCUGUGGAAGACCUUCUAGAUUACUCGGCGCAUCCUGAAUUGAUACGCUUUUUAUCGAAUUUGUCUGAAUACGUUGGAAGAAUUAAAUUAAAAGGGAUUCGUAGUCGAUUGGAGACUCAUCCGCGUGUGCCUCGUCUAGUUGAGUUGUCAAGAAAUGCCUCAAGAGACUACCUCGUAGAAAGGCAUUCGAUUCUCACUACGCGAAAAUUUUAUAGAGUUGUUAAUGCUCUGGAAAUUCCUAGUUUCUACAAAAAAAUUCUAACCUUAGAAACUAAACUGUAUGAAGUGAUAAAUAAAGAUGAUUAUUGUUAAA